GGCGGGGUCUCCUGAGCUGGGCAGGAAGUCCAGGCCCGCGGCGCAGAGACUAGCUGGGGGGACUCGGAGCGCCCGGACCUUUUGGCUUAACGCUCGCCCUCGGCGUCUGCAGCUCCCUCUGCUUCUUUCUCUGGCGGCGACCUUCAGGGGCCGGAAAUUCACCAUGUCUAUCCUCAAGAUCCACGCCAGGGAGAUCUUCGACUCUCGCGGGAACCCCACUGUUGAGGUUGAUCUGUACACCGCAAAAGGUCUCUUCCGAGCUGCUGUGCCCAGUGGGGCCUCAACUGGGAUCUACGAGGCCCUCGAGCUCCGGGACAAUGACAAGACGCGCUACAUGGGGAAAGGUGUCUCAAAGGCUGUUGAGCACAUCAAUAAAACUAUUGCGCCUGCCCUGGUUAGCAAGAAACUGAACGUCGUGGAGCAGGAGAAGAUCGACAGGCUGAUGAUCGAGAUGGACGGCACAGAGAACAAGUCCAAGUUUGGUGCCAACGCCAUUCUGGGCGUGUCCCUGGCCGUCUGCAAGGCUGGCGCUGUUGAGAAGGGGGUGCCCCUGUACCGCCACAUCGCCGACCUGGCUGGCAAUGCCGAGGUCAUCCUGCCAGUUCCGGCUUUCAACGUCAUCAACGGUGGCUCCCACGCCGGCAACAAGCUGGCCAUGCAGGAGUUCAUGAUCCUCCCCGUCGGGGCCGAAACCUUCCGGGAGGCCAUGCGCAUCGGGGCCGAGGUCUACCACAACCUGAAGAAUGUCAUCAAGGAGAAAUACGGGAAGGACGCCACCAACGUGGGCGAUGAGGGCGGCUUUGCGCCCAACAUCCUGGAGAACAAGGAAGCCCUGGAGCUGCUGAAGAACGCCAUCGGGAAGGCCGGCUACACCGACAAGGUUGUCAUCGGCAUGGACGUGGCCGCCUCGGAGUUCUACAGGUCGGGCAAGUACGACCUGGACUUCAAGUCGCCCGACGACCCCAGCAGGUACAUCUCACCAGACCAGCUGGCCGACUUGUACAAGUCCUUCAUCAGGGACUAUCCAGUGGUGUCCAUCGAGGACCCCUUCGACCAGGAUGACUGGGAAGCCUGGCACAAGUUCACUGGCAGCGCGGGAAUCCAGGUAGUGGGCGACGACCUCACGGUGACCAACCCCAAGAGGAUUUCCAAGGCCGUGGCUGAGAAAUCGUGCAACUGCCUCCUGCUCAAAGUCAACCAGAUCGGCUCGGUGACCGAGUCCCUGCAGGCGUGCAAGCUGGCACAGUCCAACGGCUGGGGCGUCAUGGUGUCACAUCGCUCCGGGGAGACCGAAGACACCUUCAUCGCCGACCUGGUGGUGGGGCUCUGCACCGGGCAGAUCAAGACUGGCGCACCUUGCCGAUCCGAGCGCUUGGCCAAGUACAACCAGAUCCUCAGAAUCGAAGAGGAACUGGGCAGCAAGGCCAAGUUUGCCGGCAGGAACUUCAGAAACCCCCUCGCCAAGUAAGCUCUGGGCGGCCGGCCCUGAGCCCCGUGGUCACUCGUUGGCUCACCAGACCUGUGCCCCAUGUCGCUCGGCAGCUCAAGGCCCCGCUGGUGCUUGUGGGGCCUCCGGUAGUCGACGCCCCCUCCCCUCCCUGUGAUGUCUCACUGCUUCCAUAGACCUGCUGCCGAAGCCGAGCUCCACCAUCUGGAACCUGCUGGAAGUCCUAGCUCAGUAAUCAUGUGAUUGGCCCAAAUCAUUGUUCUUCUCACCUCGCUUCUACCAAGUGUCUGGAGCCAUGUGUGUCCACAUUGCGGUCUCCGAGGUGGCCUGGGGCAAGAUCCCCAGCGGUUUUGUGUGCAAAAUAAAAAGGCCUCAGUGACCCGGA